GGCUCGAUAUCCAAUCACUGGAGACCCCCUGCUCCUUGGUUUCCUCCUACCGGUUCAAGUCGAGGGGAUCCAACGCCGCUUGUGGGGUUCUCUUCCGUCUCCUCGUGCAUGUGCGUCGGCCUCCCUUACCUUGACCUCGUGCUCCUCCGCAAGCCGCCUCGACCAUGCAACCCUCGUCCUUGCUCCUCUCGAGCGCAAGCACCCCGACCAGCCAGGGCCUUGGCUGACCUCCUCUUCCCAGCGCCCUACUCUAUUCUUCCUCGUCUCCAUCCAUCUCCAUUUUCUCACCUCGUCUUUCUCACUCUUCUGAACAGGUGCCCGCAUGGAUGUCGCCCAGAGGAGCUCCUCCCGAGCCGGAGCAGGAGAGACCAAGGAUGGUGCACCUCCGAACAUGCCAACUGCUUGGCCGACUCCCCGUUGCUGACCACCGGAGCUGACUAUGGAGCCACGGCCGCGCCCUGCAAGCUCCAUCUCACCGGACCGAGCCCAACAACCACUAGGAAUGGAGCAGGUGCUCCCGAUUCUUCCCAUCCCUCUCGCGCCCUGCCACAGCCAAAUGCCCCGACCUGCAUCCCCAACCUGCAUCCCUGACCUGGCAACAGUGUUGCGUUUUCAGUUUUUGUCGAAUUUGCGAGAAGGGAUUUCUGAAAAUGCCAAGGAGAAAGAGGAACUGGACGGAACACACUGUAGGUGGUAGGGGAGCAGUCAAUAAGGGCCACAUUGACGGUACUGAGCGAAAUAGGGCAUCACCAUAGGCUAUUUGCAAGCUAUACAAGCACAUAAAUGAAGAUCAACGUGCUGCUAUCAGAGACAUGAGUACUGGAGCGUUCCUUGACAUCAAGUGUGGUUACUUGCACAACACCCUUGUGACAUGGUUCACUAGGCAGUACCACUCAGGGAGGAAAGGUUUUGUUGUGCCUAGACGUGGGUUCAUCCCACUAACCGAGGAAUCUGUUCAUAAGAUUUUGGGCAUUCCUCGUGGAGAUAUCGAAAUCAAGUAUUAAGCUGACUACGACAAUGAAGAUGAAAUUGCAAGUUCUUUGUUCCCACGCGAUGGCAGCAGGCCAAAGAUCACGACAAUUGCUACUGCAAUCAUCAACAACAACAAUGGUGAUGCUAGUUUUAAGAAGUUAUGGCUUAUUUAUAUCGUCUCAACCGUGUUGGCUUCUACAACGGAUACAAGGAUCAGCAACAAGUGCUACCCCAUGCUGGAACACAUUUACGAGGCAAACAGGCUCAACUUGUACAAAUUUGUUGUGGCCCAGCUACAUGAGCACCUCUCAAAGGGCAAGUUCACAAAAGGAUGCCUUCUUUACUGCAUGCUACGGUAUCUUGAUGCUUUGGAUUGCGAUGGCAUGGAGCUUGAGUUACCCAACACCCCGUACACAAUUAAUGCAUGGUCCAAGACACAUGUCGAUGUUGUCGCUGAGAUGGACAUGCUGGAGCAUGAUCCACCCAGUUUUGGCAACUUUCAGGAUAAGCUUAAAGCUACCACAGUUAUCAGCAAGUUUGCAUCAGGGGUUGGCACAUUGUUUAAUCAAUUUGCAUCAGGGGUUGACACACUCCUUACAGAGCUCGUGCAGGGACUGACGGCACCCGCAACUAGAAAUACAACUACAAGUAGAAUAAAAAGGGGCACCGAGGAAAGAGAAAGUGAUGAUACAUCGUCCGAAGAUUCAGCAGAAUCUGACAAUGACACAAAUGAGGACAACAUGGAUAUUGAACGUGACAAAAAGAAGAGGGUGACAAGAGAGGAGGACAUCACCAGAGGCAAUGUCGAAUCACCAUUGACAAAAAAUGUGAGAGAUGUGGCAGGUGAAAUGGAGAACACGGCGUAUGAUCCAUCUCAGGGAGCAAAUUUCUUCGGUGGUGCUCGCGAGACAGAAGUUUGUGACAACACAUCAAGUGGGGAUCCAUCUGCACAGUUUGACACCAAGUCUCCAUCAAGAUCAACUUCACAUCUAAACCUCCCAUCUGACAGCGAUAUGUGCAGUCCAGAUAACAAUUCCCCUGCAGAUACACUUGUUUCACUUAUAUCCGAGGGGAACAGCCAGGAGUUGGAGGAAAAGAUUAGAGGCAGCGCAGCAGGGCUUGCUAACAGGCUGCGUGAGCUGAAAAGCACAAGACCGGCUGAUAUAGAACAGGGUGAUGGGAGCACACAUGAAGAGAUUAAGCGUAUCGUUGUGAAAGAGCUCGAACUGCUGAAAGAAACAUGUGGGCAGCAAUUCGAGGAGAGAAAUACCUGCAAAGACUUAAGGAAGAUCAAUGCACGUCCCAUAAAGAUGACGCCAAGGAGAAGAAUCAAGGAAGCAUGGAAGUUAUACUACGAUAAGUCGAGGGUUCAGAUUGAAAACUACGAACUCGUGAUCAUUGACGCCCCAAAACAGGCUGUAAGGAGUGUGCACUGUGGCUUCUACAUGCUGGAAUAUCUUGAUAAGUGGGAUGGUGUAAAUGUGCCUCGAAUUUGGAAAGAGGACAUCCAAAAAAUAAAGAAGAUAACAGACAACAAAUGGCACAACGCUCCUUUCAACAAAAACAAAAAGUGGAAACAGCAGCUUGACAGCAACUGUCCAGGAGGGGAUUUGAGAUCAGAAGCUGAAGAUCCAGAGGGAGAAAGAGAGGUGGAUAUCUGAAGGGGCCAAGAAAAAGAGAGAGGGGUUGCCUUUUUGAGUUGGAGAAAACAAGAGAUCUGAGGGAAAACAACAGAUCUGAGGGUGCUAUUUUUUUAUUCCUUUUCUGUAAGCAGAUUCAUAUUUGUGGGAAACUCCAGAAUUUAGAUGGAGCAGUUGCAUACCUGUAAUUUUUUACUGCCUUGGAUCACUUGGACAACUCCAGAAAUUGUCUCUUUUCUUGA